GGAUGACCUGCAACUGCGAAUUCAAGUGAACCGCAGUCCUGCAGCUGCCCAUGCACGACGCUCGUAGUUGGUUAGGGAUAGGUUGAUAUCUCAUCCAUCUUAAGCCUUCUGAGCUUGUGGCCCAGCUCGGGAAGCGGCAGCUGCGUACAAAUAAACAGCAUAACUUCCCAAUUGUUUGCGUUUGACACGUUCAACACCCCUUUUCAACAUCUUACCUUGACUUGCCGAAAUGGCCUCGCAUGUUCCCGCAUCAGACCGCUACUGGAUGCGAUUCGACACGGCCAGCUCAAGGAACGAUGACCUCUCAUUGCCGAAGGCCACCGUCCAAAAGAUAGUCGGUGAAAUCCUAUCGGGAUCGUCGGGAAUCGCCUUCUCCAAGGAAGCCCGCGACGUCCUCAUAGAAUGCUGCGUCGAGUUUAUCACCCUUAUCAGCUCAGAGGCGAACGAGAUCUCGGAGAAGGAAGCCAAGAAGACGAUCGCAUGUGAUCACAUCAUCAAGGCGCUCGAUCAGCUUGGUUUCACCGAUUACGUCCCAGCGGUGCUCGAAGCCGCUGCUGAACACAAGGAGGUUCAGAAGGUAGGACGUGAAAAGAAGGCCAACAAGCUCGAGCAGAGUGGCUUGUCACUGGAGGAAUUGGAGCGCCUCCAGCAAGAGCAGUUCGCGGCGGCAGCGGCCAGACACGGCUGAAUUCUUGAGGGAAGGAUGCGUUACCUAAUUCUGUCACGUCGUUCAUAAGUUGAAUGCCGGGAGGAUUGGAGGUUGACUUGUGGUUAGGUUGGGAUGACAUGCUGCAUUACU